AUGGAGGCCCCACUGGAGCCAAGGGAUUGUAUCCUGUGUGGAGCAGAUGGCAUCUUCUGGUGCAGUGACUGUGCCCACUGGCCAGUUUUCUGCACAUUGUGUUGCUGGGCAGAACACAAGCACCAGCCUUUCCACAGGUUGGAACAAUGGAAUGGAACAUUCUUUGAGGAAUCAUCCCUGCAGCUGGCCAGCUUUGUGCUCCAUGUUGGACAUGGUGGCAAGCAAUGCCUGGCUGGUGGGAGCUGUCUAAUUGUUGUCCACAGAAAUGGUAUCCACUACUGCAAUGUGAGGUAUUGUAGAUGCCUUGGGGCAGAGGAUUUACCCAUACAGCUGAUGCAGGCCAGGAUGUUUCCUGCUACCACAAAGGCCCCAAGAACUACCUUUACCUUCCAAGUACUUGAUGACUUCAUUCAGGACAAUUUGGAAUGUGGCACUUCAGCUAUGAACUUCUUCAGCAAACUGGCAGAUCACCUCAAAUGCCUCUCCUCAUCUGGUUCUGGUGGGUUCUGA